UAACGGAUGUUACGUCACAGCUGUCCGUCUAGGCUCCCCAUUUUCCUCUUCGGUCCAGCGCUUAUUGUCGUCCCCCUUCUGUCUCACCCGAUACUUGGUUCCUGUAUUGCAUGUAGACUAACUAGCUUCUUCUUUAACUAUGCGGUCAAUUGUGGGUUUAAUUGUUGUAAUUACCGCCGCUACUUUCUAUCUGUAUAUUCUGUCUUCUUACCUUCCGACCGGACCGCGACAACUCCCACCCAAAGCGACGGAGAACGAAGAAACGUCUGACAUCGACACUAACAAGGACAGUGGGGAAUUCAAAGAACACAGGCUGAAGUUCCCCUCAGACCUGGUAGAGCUGAGGGAACUGGCUGAGCUGCUCCAGUUCUACAAGACAGAACACACUGGAUACGUUCUGCUUCUCUUCUGUAGCGCCUAUCUCUACAAGCAGUCCUUCGCCAUUCCUGGCUCCUCCUUCCUGAACAUUCUAGCAGGUGCUCUGUUUGGCCCAUGGCAGGGCUUGGUACUAGCCUGUGUUCUGACCACUGUGGGCUCCACCAUGUGUUACCUCCUCUCCCAGGCCUUCGGUAAGCGCUACAUCACAAACCUCUUCCCUGGCCAGGUCUCCAUGCUGCAGAGGAAGGUGGAAGAGAACCAGUCCUGUCUGUUCUUCUUCCUCCUCUUCCUCAGGUUCUUCCCCAUGACUCCUAACUGGUUCCUCAACAUGUCCGCCCCCAUCGUCAACAUCCCUGUCACAUUCUUCUUCUUCUCCGUCUUCAUCGGCCUGAUCCCAUAUAACUUCAUCUGUGUCCAGACAGGCUCCAUGCUGUCUGAGGUGUCCUCUCUGGAUGACCUGUUCUCCUGGGGCAAAGUGCUACAGCUGCUGGGCAUAGCCUGUGUGGCUCUGCUCCCCGGGACCCUCAUCAGACACUACAGCCAGACACACCUCAAACUGGACGGCCUGGAGGAGAACAAUGGAGUCAACAAGAAGACUCAGUGAGGAGCGAACAAGGGUCUCCGCGUCCUGUGGAAAUAACAACACAUAGAGGAUGAAGUUGUAGGAUUUGGAGUACCUUGGUAUUUUUGGGAUAGUCUGUACUCUCCAAGUUCAGCCUCCAUUUUGUUGGUAAGACUCUGAGCAUCCUGGGUCAGCCUGUACAUAUUCCUGUCAGUGUUCUGGAUACAGGAGAAAACAUGAUCGAAUAGGUUGGGAACUGAGGUUUCCUACAGUAGAUGACCUCACAGCAGAAGGGAGAUGUGGACGUCUGUGUGUAUGUUAAGAGAUUGGAUGGACUGAGUCUAUGUCUGUGUGAAGGUAUUUUAAGACAUUAGUGUUUUUAUGGGUGAAGGGAGGAGACAUAUUAAUUCAAAAUCAUUGUGUUGAUGUUCUUGUUUGAUGAAGAUACCUUUAUUUUUUGGAUAGACAACAUUCUGUUGUUGGUACUGAUACACACGUACCUUUUUGAAUAGACAACAUUCUGUUGUUGGUACUGAUACACACUUACCUUU